GAUAUUAUGUAUUGCUUUAAUGCCAGAAUAGUGAAUGCAGCCUUCGUCGAUCAUCGCUAAGUUGUAAAGAUAAAACAUUAGAAUCUGUGGCUUUACGCCAAUGAUUUAAAAAUUUUAUUUUCAGAACAGAACCAGUCUUAAAUCUUAAUACCUACUUCUAUAAAUUUGAAUCUGUCAUCAUGAAAAUCCCACGAUUAAAUAUCCAAAUUCGCACAAUUUACACUAGCAUUCGUUUGCAUAUGAAGCCAUCUGAACUCUACGAUCAACGGGUGACUGAUGGUCAAUUGAUCAAUGAUGAUCAUCAGCGCCAAAUCGUCAAACAGCUAGAUGAAGUGUAUAAAUCGUUAAAAAGUUAUUCGCCACCAUCACAAAGUGUAAUUUCAAAAAUGUUUGGUAGACUUAAAGUGCCAUUAAAUGGUGUUUAUAUGCAUGGAUCAGUCGGAUGUGGUAAAACCAUGUUAAUGGAUUUAUUUUUUUCCUGUUGCGAAGUAGAAAAAAAACGACGAGUCCAUUUUGAUGAGUUCAUGUUGGAUAUUCAUAACAGAGUACAUAAUUUAAGAUUGAGCACAAAAGAAAAUUUUGAUGCUAUUCCUAUGGUUGCUGAUACAAUACUAGAACAAUCAUGGUUACUUUGCUUUGAUGAAUUUCAGGUGACUGACAUAGCAAAUGCAAUGAUAUUGAAACGACUUUUCACAGAACUUUUUGAUAAAGGUAUGAUUAUGGUAGCGACCAGCAAUCGUAAACCAGAUGAUCUAUAUAAGAAUGGACUACAAAGGUUUUUGUUUUUACCAUUUAUACCAGUAUUAAAGCAACAUUCUAUAAUCGUCAAUUUGGAUUCUGGUAUUGAUUAUAGAGUUAUAAGAGCAAAAAGUGGAUACAAAUCAUAUUUUGUAAGAGAUGUUGAUACCAUAAAAGAUUUUGAAAACUCCAUUAAAAGUUUUACGAAUAGUGAAAAUGAUACUGUUAGACCAAGAACAUUAAUUAUUAUGCAAAGGAAUCUUACAUUCCAAAGAGUGUGUGGACAAAUCUUGGAUGCUUCAUUUGAAGAGCUAUGUGAACGGCCUUUAGGCGCUGUAGACUACUUAUAUUUAGCUCAAAUGUUUCACACAAUAGCUAUUAGAGAUGUUCCUCAACUUGAUUUAGAUUCAUUAUCACCAUUGAGACGUUUUAUCACUCUUAUUGAUACACUCUAUGAUCAUAAGAUAUUAGUUCUAAUAUAUGCAGAUAAACCAGUAAAAGAAUUAUUUGUAGCUAAAAAAACAGGUGGAUUAGGUGAUGAUCAGAAAGUUCUUAUGGACGAUUUAGAUUUACAACCUGAAUCGGCCAAUGCUAAAGCCAACGUCUUUACUGGGGAUGAAGAAAUAUUUGCAUUUGAUCGUACAAUAUCAAGGCUCAUAGAAAUGCAAUCAAUUGACUAUUGGAAAAAUAACCGCUCAAAAGUAUAAUCCCAAUACAGUUAGUAUUAAUAUUACCAAUUGGUUACCAUUUUUAUAAUUUUGUUCUGUGGUGUUUGUUAUUUGUUUAGUUAUGAUUAGUUAAAUGUGAGAUAUUAUUAGACAUAAUAUGAUUAUGAUUAAUCACUAAGAACAAACUUAACUUUUUUAGUUGCAGGUGUUUUACUAUUUUGAACAUUAUGUUAUUAGGUGCCUAUUAGACACAAUACAAUUUGUUUAAUUGUUAUCACGGAAUCCAUAUCAUAUCGUUUUCGUUGAAAAAUGCAAUAAAAUAGUUAACUACCCAUGAAAGUAUUUUAAAACUAUUGAAUGUACAACUAAAAGCUGUAAAGUAUUCAAAUAAUAAAUUAAAAAUAUAGUGAUGAACAAAUAAAAAAAAUGUAUGACUGUUUUCUAAAAAAAAGCACUAAAAUAUAACUUAAAUUAAUAAUUAU